AUGUUGAUCCUGACCGUCGCCUCCUAUCUGAUCUGCCUCGUCUCUUUGUUGGGGCUGUCGGCCGCUGAGGCAGAGUAUCAGUUCUUCUACUCUCGACCAGAACUGUAUCCGCCUGUAUUACAGGUGGACAUUCUGAAAGAGGGGGCCACGCCUGGAUAUGUAUUCGUGGCACCCCAUCACAUCGAACGGUCAGGCGCGGCGAUUUACGACAACCAUGGCAAUCUCGUCUGGACCAGUCUAUCGUCGAUGGGUGGCGGAAACAUGCACUCGUUCCGUGUGUGCCAGUACAAGGGGGCCGACCAUCUCUGUUUCUUCCGCGGCGACCAAUGGUCGACGUUUUACGCCGGCGAGGUCCUGAUCUACAGCAACGAGCUGGUCCCGGUCGCGACCAUCAAGGCGCAGAAUGGCCGGCCGGCAAUCGACAUGCACGAGAACAGUCUGGUCGACGAUGGCCGGGCCAUGAUCGUCAACAUUUACCAGUCGGAACGCUACGAUCUCAGCGACUACGGCAUCAGUGAUGGCGAAGGCUGGGUUAGGAACGGGCUGUUCCAGAAGAUUGACGUGGCCACCGGCGAAUUGCUGUUCGAAUGGUCGGCACUCGACCACAUCCCCCCGUCCGAGUCAUACGUCGCUCUGGGCAGCACCGAAGGCGUCACUGCCGGGGAAGGCUUCGAUGCCGGCGGUGCUUGGGACUACCUCCACCUCAACGCCGUGGACCAAAACGCCGACGGGGAUUACCUCCUGUCUUGCCGUCACACGCAGGCCCUGUACAAGGUCAGCGGGCAAGACGGCCGGAUCCUGUGGCGGCUGGGCGGCAAACGAUCCGACUUCGAGCUGGGCGACGGAGUGGCGUUUGGAUACCAGCACGACGCGCGCUGGCGCUUCUCCAACGCCAGCACCGACAUCAUUACGCUCUUCGACAACGCCUCGGACAGUUUCCACGACACGGCGCUGAGAUCGGCGGGCAAGAUCAUCCGGCUGGACCACGACUCCACCCCUCCGCGCGCCACGCUGCUGGCUGCGUUCGAAGGGCCCGACGGCAUGCCGCACGCCGUCACCCAGGGCAGUGUUCAAGUGCUGGGCGAGCACGCCGCCGACGCCAACGUGACCCAGUCCAACGUCUUCAUCGGCUGGGGCCAGCAGCCCUAUGUGACGGAGCACCUGCCGUCGGGCGAGAUUGUCUUCCAAGCCCGGCUCCCGGCCGCCGGCGCCAAUGUCUAUCGCGCGUACCGCUUCAACUUCACCGCCCACCCGCUCGACAGUCCGGCUCUGUACACGUACGCGCUGGACACCGACGCCGCAGCCACCAUGUUCUACAUGUCCUGGAACGGGGCCACCGAGCUGGCCCAGUGGCGCGUCUACGGCCGACAGAACUGUACGGCCGACUGGACCGACCUGGGCACCGUCGACAAGGAAGGCUUCGAAUCCGUCUUCGAGGCUCCCGGCUACUGGGCCUACGGCAUGGUCGAGGCCUUGGACCAGGCCGCCCGCCCCCUCGGCCGCUCGGCCACCAACGGCAUCAGGACGUUUGUUCCCUCGCCCGCUCUCGCCCAAAGCUGCGGCCGAAUCGGGUGCCGGAUGACGAGGCUGAGGGGCGCCGCCACCGCCCCGUCUCCCGGCGAGGGUCAAGGUCAAGAUCAAGAUCAGCUACGAGGAGGCUGUCCCUUCACCCGGGACGACAAAACACUCAAGGCGGGCCUAUCCGUCGAGACCUCGGACGUGGAUCCUCGUCUGGGCACCUUUGCCCGGGGCGGCCUCCUGCUUUUCGCCGGCUUGCUCGUCUGUCUCGUGCUGACCGUGGUGGCAUGCUACUAUUACGAUGGCCAUGUCCCUCGUCUUCUCACUUCGACUUCGACUUCAACUUCGACUUCUCAUGCCUUGGUCCCGCAGUCCGAUCCGGAACUCGAACCAAUGGUCGAAUGGCCUGAGAACCAAGCUUCCCGUUCCCACACGAGACUCCAUGUGGUGUGA